UGAAUUAUUCAGUUUUACGUACAUUAACAAACUCAAAUUUCUAAUAGGAAUUUCUAAAAUGUUGCGAUUUUUUUCGGGAACAUUAGUGCUGCUAGUUUUUGCUGAGGAGUGUCACUCUGCCCCAGCCAGUGGUCCAGUUGCAGUUAAGAAAUCACCGGUUGCCCUCAGCAUCCUAGAACAACGCCUCAACCCCGCUGGUCUUGCUGGACAAUGUAAAACCAACGAUUCUGACCAAAUCUCAUCCCUAUCCGGCAACCCGAACGAAUAUUCCCGCUGGAGAAACGGCUACACGGUCCAACUUGCCCCAGAAUGGAGCACCGAACAAGCCCAACUAAUUGAAGGUGCAUUGUACGAAAUCAGUACCAAGAUUUGCAUCCCGAUCCGAAAAUGGCCCACCGGCGCGGCCGCGAGUGGCGAUUUUGUCUACAUUCAAAAAGGCGGAGACCGAACGGGCUGCUAUUCCACCGGAGUUGGACGACAGGGUGGCCGACAAAUAAUCAACCUCCAGGAAAACGGUUGCGUUUACAAGGGGAUCAUCAUGCACGAGAAUAUUCACGCGAUGGGCUUCAACCACGAACAAACCCGACCCGACAGAGACAACUACAUUACCGUUUAUCCCGACCAAAUUGAGGAUGGAAAUGCGCAAUACCAGUAUAAAAUUUAUUCGGGCUCGUUAACUUUUGGAGUACCGUACGACGCACAAUCAAUUAUGCACUAUGGUUCCUACGAUUUCACAAAAUAUGGAAAUCCCACCAUGCGAAAAAAGGACGGUUCUAUCAUAAACAAACAACGCAACGCCCUCACCAAUAGUGACAUUGCUAAGUUACGAAAAAUGUACAAUUGUUAAGAUAAACGAUUAAAAUGUCAGCCUUGUAAACAAUAAAUUUUUGACUAUGGAAUUUAACUUA